CGCGACAGUCGUGUUGUUGCUCCUCCUCCGUCCUGCCGCGGUGAACUUAAGCCGCUCGCGAGGCGCUCGCGCGACAGUCUCUCGGGAGGAAGCGGAGAAAAGGGGGAGGAAAAUACGUUCUAAAGGAAAAAGUUAACGAUGGCAGAGAACAAGGCGGGACCCAACCUCCAGGCUGGAGCUGGAUUCCUCGCCAAACGGGUCCAGAAGUCUCUGAACCGAGCCCAGGAGAAGGUUCUUCAAAAACUGGGCAAAACCAUGGAGACCAAGGAUGAGCAGUUUGAGCUGUGUUUCCAGAGCCUCAACAAACAACAGGUCGAUGCAAGCAGGUUGUUCAAAGAUGUCAAAGCCCACCACGCAGCAGUGAAAGCCGUGCAUGAGACGUCCAAGCGUCUGUCGCAGACUCUGCGAGACGUCUACGAACCAGACUGGAACGGAGUGGAGGACCUCGCCGUCAUCACAGAAAGCGAAGACCUGCUGUGGAACGACUAUGAAGAGAAACUAAGCGACCAGAUUGUGCGCACCAUGGAGAACUACACAAGCCAGUUUCCCGAAAUCAAGGAACGCGUAGCUAAACGCGGUCGCAAGCUGGUGGACUACGAUUCAGCGCGUCACCACCUGGAAGCGCUACAGAAUGCGAAGAAAAAGGAUGAUGCCAAGAUUACAAAGGCAGAGGAAGAGUUCAACAAAACCCAGGCUGUCUUUGAGGAAUUAAAUCACGAGCUGAGGGAGGAGCUGCCCGUUCUCUACCAGAGCCGGAUAGGUUGCUACGUGACGGUGUUCCAAAACGUAUCAAACCUGAGAGAUGUCUUCUACAAGGAAAUGAGCGUGCUGAACCAUGAGCUGUACAAUGUGAUGAAGAAACUGGAGACCCAACACUCAGGAAAAGCCUUCAUCGUCAAAGGUCUGAACAGCAUGACAAGCAAGUCCAGGAAGCGAAAGUCCUUGGUCAUCUCCAAUCCAAUCCCGUGCAAUACAGCUUUCCCGACAGACCACGUCUCCAUACACUGCGAGAAUGGAAAAGACGCCGUGCCCACUUCGCCCGUCCAACGAACUGAAAGCACCUCGGGGGAAAGUGGCCUGCCGGCGGAAGGCGGCGUGCCAGAAGAAAGCGGCGUCUCAUCCAAAGACGUCAACUCGUCCGACUCCGAUCUCAGCUCCAGCGGAACCCACACGCCAAAGAGGCAGUCUGUGUCCGACCCGGAGAGUGGCGACCGGUGCACGGGGAGUCAAAGUCUGGAGGAGGCGGAAGCUGACGUGGCUUCCAACCAGUCCGAUGACUCCGGGGUGGGCGUGCCAAAGUCAGAGGCUGCAGGUCACAAAGUGUCCCAUCCCUCCGGCUCUGCAGAGAGUCCCCUGCAGAGUCCAGAGCAGGAGGAUGUGAGUGACCCAACAUCUGAGAGUCCAGAGCAGAAGGAUGUGAGUGACCCAACAUCUGAGAGUCCAGAGCAGAAGGAUGUGAGUGACCCAACAUCUGAGAGUCCUGAGCAGGAGGAUGUGAGUGACCCAGUAACCGAGGAGGUCAGGCCAAAACCUGCACCGGUCCCGGCCCCUCGCAUCUCGUUCCGCCGCGCAGAGAGACCACUCUUAGUCCCUAAGGAGCAGAAUGAAGAAUCGCUCCACCCGGAGACUGAGGACUCCGGUACUAAAAAUCCACCUGGCUUCCUUUACAAGGCGGUGGCGGUGGAGAGCCACGCGGCGUCUGAAGGAGGCCUCCUCCAGUUUGAACAGGGAGACGUCAUCCUGGUGCUUGACGACACUCGAGAGGACGGCCUGGUGAGGGGGAUCAGGGAGGAGAGCUGGAACCAGCACAGGGAUCUGCAAACUCACUCUGGGAUCUUCUCGGAAAAACUCCUCCAGCUGGUUCAGGCGGAGUGAAGCAAUAGUCACUCCUCGGUCUGUAAUACUUUCUUGUUCCUUUGAGCAGUUGGUGACUCACACACACACACACACUUGUGUACGGAGGGAGUGAACACAUAUGUUGGGGGUGACGUGCUGUGCAAACAGAUGAGUCCUACGUGAACUUGCAUGCUCUGAUGUAACUUUUGGAAGGAACAUUAUUUUUGAACAUUUUGCAAGAGAAAUCUGGUUUGUUAAAUGUUUUGGUAUUUUUGCUCUUAUUGCAUUUUAAAGUCUUACUGUGAAACAAAACACCUGUUUUGUUUAUAAUGAUGCUGUGACCUGUACAUUUCUUAAUAAAGUUCUAUAUAAAAGACGA